AUGGCGGCACCAAGCACUUUGCCAGCUCUGCUGGAUUCUUUGACGCAGUCAUUGACCACAUCACUGGACGCAGCGCCCAAAACUUCGAUUGCGCCUCCCGAGAACGGCAUUUCUCUACUCGACACCAAGAACGAACUUUUACUCUCUUACCUGCAAAACCUCGUCUUCUUGAUUCUUCUGAAGUUGCGCAACGCCAAGAAGCAGUCCAACGACGAUGAAGGCGCCAGCGAAACCACAGAGGCUGUCGUCAAGAAGCUCGUAGAGCUGAGACUCUACCUCGAGAAGGGUGUCCGCCCUCUCGAGGACAAGUUGCGGUACCAGAUUGAGAAGAUUCUUCGUGCCGCCGACGAUGCCGAACGCAACGCCCAGGCAGUCAAGGCAGCCAAGGGUGCAGGCUCUGACGAAUCUGGAUCCGACGACGAGUCCGGCAGCGACGAGGACGAAGACGAGGAGGAAGAGCUCAAGGCAGCCCACCUUCAAGCCCGACCAGAUGCCUUUGUACGACCAGCUGCCGCAUCUGCCGCAGUUGCCGCAGCUCAAAAGGACGGCGUUUACAAACCGCCGAGAAUCGCACCUACAGUUAUGCCCUCCGAGCGCCGCGAGAAGACCGACCGCCGGCCACUCAAGUCUGCCACCAUGGACGAGUUCAUCGAGCACGAGAUGUCGACUGCACCCAUCGCGGAGCCCAGUAUCGGUACAACCAUUGUCAACGGUGGUCGCAGGAUGAAGACUGCCGCAGACCGCAAGACGGAAGACGAGCGGCGCGAAUACGAAGAAACCAACUUUGUCCGUCUCCCCACACAGAGCAAGAAGGCCAAGGCACAGGAGGCCGCCAAGACUGGCCGCAGCAGCCGCAUGCAAUUUGGCGGAGAGGAGUGGAGAGAUUUGGGCGAAGGCGUCGACCGCAUCAACAGACUCACCUCGCGCAAGAGUGGCGGAGGCACCCGCGAUCUGCUCGACAAGAGCCGGAAGCGUGGCAGAGAGACAACCGACGGACCCCGGGGCAGUGGCCAGAUGGAGAUGGGCGAGAGAUUCCAGAAGAAGGCCAAGAUGUUGGAGGCGGGCAGACGCGACAGAGGCAAGCGAUAG